UCAAAGAAAGGUCCCCAUCCCCUCCAAGCAGGGAGUGGUGCUGAAUUUUGGGAAAGAGCCAUGCCAGAGAACUUGGUUCAGGACCCUGUGACCACAGAUGGAUGCAGCCAAUGCUUCCGGCAGUUCUGUUACCAGGAGGCUGAUGGGCCCCGAGAAGUUUGCAGCCGGCUCCACGGACUUUGCAACCAGUGGCUGGAGCCAGAGAGGCGCACCAAGAAGGAGAUGGUGGACCUGGUGAUCCUGGAGCAGUUCCUGGCCAUCCUGCCGCAGGAAGUGCAGGGCUGGGUGAGAGGAUGCGGGCCAGAGAGCAGUUCCCAGGCAGUGGCCCUGGCCGAAGGUUUCCUCCUGAGUCAGGCGGAGGAGAAGAGGCAGGCACAGCAGGUGUGGGAGGGACCCGUGAAGGUGGAAGGAAGCUUCUCAGAGGUGGAAGGAGCUCCGUCAGAGGAAGGUCAGAGGGUGCAGGCCCAGGAGCGUGCCCAAGAUGCCCCAUCAAGUGGCAGUGAAGAGACGUUAUUGAGCCCUUUUCUUUGCAGAGAAGUGGAAACGCCUCCUCAGCCUCUGGUGCAGUCCCUGUAUUCCUUUGAGGAGGUGGCCGUGUAUUUCACCAUGGCAGAGUGGGACCUGCUGGAUCCAGGCCAAAAAGCCCUCUACAGGGAAGUCAUGCUGGAGAACUACGGGAGCGUGGCUUUUCUGGCAGCAGAUGUAGAGGAGACAGCUGGGGAAUUCCAGGGGUUCUCGUUGAAAAAAAUCAAGAAUGAAGAUGCUGAAGAAACCUAUGGAGAUGGACCACAGAGGCAGGAGGAAAGCCACGCAGCAGGAGAUGAUCAGAGGAAUGAGGAGGAUGAGAAACUGCAUCAUUUAUCACCGCAUGAUAUAAAUAACAAAGAUGUGAGAAGAAACAUCAGGAUGCAAAGGAGGCCUCAGACGCAGAAAGUCAGGCACAGGAUAAAGAAGACGGAUAAAUCUGUUCCUUGCCAAGGGAGGGAUUUCCAAGAUGUAAUUCACAGGUUGGAGGAAACUUACGAGUGCUUAGAGUGUGGAAUGAACUUCUCAGAUCAAACCCAAUAUAAUAUACAUUUUUCAAAGCACAGUCUAAUGAAGGCAUGUAAAUGCCUUCAGUGUGGAAAGUACUUCAGAUACAAAUCACAACUCCUUGUGCACCAAAGGAUCCACAAAGCAGAGAAACAUUUUGAAUGUUCAGAGUUUGGAAAGAAAUUCAGUCAUAAUUUGUUUCUUAAACAGCACCAAAAAACCCACACAGGGGAGAAGCCUUUUGAAUGCUCGGAGUGUGGGAAGAGAUUCAGUCAGAAUGGCAAUCUUCAAAGUCAUCUAAGAACCCACACAGGAGAGAAGCCUUUUGAAUGUUCUGAGUGUGGGAAAAGAUUCAGUCAGAGUAGCAGUCUUCAAAGUCAUCUAAGGACCCACACAGGGGAGAAGCCUUUUGAAUGCUCAGAGUGUGGGAAGAGAUUCAGUCAGAGUAGCAAUCUUCAAAGUCAUCUAAGGACCCACACAGGGGAGAAGCCUUUUGAAUGCUCAGAGUGUGGGAAGAGAUUCAGUCACAGUGGCAGUCUUCAACAGCAUCAAAGAACCCAUAUAGAAGAUAAACCUUUUGAAUGCUCAGAGUGUGGGAAGAGAUUCAGUUACAAUAGCAGUCUUCAACAGCAUCAGAGAAACCACCUAGGAAAGAAACCUUUUGAAUGCUCGGAGUGUGGGAAGAGAUUUAGUCAUAAUAGCGGUCUUCAAAGUCAUCUAAGAACUCACACAGGAGAGAAACCUUUUGAAUGCUCAGAGUGUGGGAAGAGAUUCCAGGAGAGUCAGCGACUUCAGAGUCACCUAAGAACCCACAGAGGGGAGAAGCCUUUUGAAUGCCCAGAGUGUGGGAAGAGAUUCAUUCAGAGUAGUGAUCUUCAAAGUCAUCUACGAACCCACACAGGGGAGAAGCCUUUUGAAUGCUCACAGUGUGGGAAGAGAUUCAGUCAGAGUAGCACUCUUCAACAGCAUCAAAGAAUGCAUACAGGGGAGAAGCCUUUUAAAUGCUCUGAGUGUGGGAAGAGUUUCAGCCGCAGUGGCUAUCUUCAAAACCAUCAAAGAACCCACACAGGGGAGAAGCCUUUUGAAUGCUCAGAGUGUGGGAAGAGAUUCAGUCAGCGUGGUAAUCUUCAAUGUCAUCAAAGAACCCACACAGGGGAAAAGCCUUUUGAAUGCUUUGAGUGUGGGAAGAAAUUCAGCAAGAGUAACAAUCUUCAACAGCAUCAAAGAACCCACACAGGAGAGAAGCCUUUUGAAUGCUCAGAAUGUGGGAAGAGAUUCAGUCACAGUACCAAUUUUCAAAAACAUCAGGGAGUCCACAUAGGACAAAAAGCGGUGAAGAGACUCUGUCAAGCCCUUUUCUUUGCAGAGAAGUGGAAGCGCCUCCUCAGCCUCUGGUCCAGAGGGGGCCGGGGGCUUAGGGCAGCAGAAACCCUGGAGCCGGCCCUGGGUUCACUUGCAGCAGAUGUAGAGGAGACAGCUGGGGAAUCCCAUGACUUCUCUUUGGAAGUAAUCAAGAAUGAAGAUGCCAAAGAAAACUUAGGAGAUGGACCACAGAAGCAGGAGGAAAGCUACACAGGAGAUGAUCAGAAGAGUGAGGAGGAUGAAGAACUGCAUCAUGUAGCACCAGAUGAAGUAAAAAAUGAAAAUGUGAGAAGAAACAUCAGGAUUCAAAGCAGGUCUCAGAGGCAGAAAGCCAAGUGCAGGGUGAAGAAGACAAAUAAAUCUGUUACUUCACAAGGUGAGGAUUUCCAAGAAGUAAUUCACAGGUUAGAGGAAACUUACAAGUGCUUGGAGUGUGGAAUGAACUUCUCAGAUCAAACCCAAUAUAAUAUACAUUUUUCAAAGCACAGUAUAAUGAAGGCAUGUAAAUGCUUUCGGUGUGGAAAGAACUUCAGAUACAAAUCACAACUCCUUGUGCACCAAAGGAUCCACAAAGCGGAGAAACAUUUUGAACACUCAAUGUGUGGGAAGAAAUUAAGUCAUAAUUUGCUUCUUAAACAGCAUCAAAGAGCCCACGCAGGAGAGAAGCCUUUUAAAUGCUCAGACUGUGGGAAGACAUUCAGGAAGAGUGGUGAUCUUCGAAAACAUCUUAGAACCCACACAGGAGAGAAGCCUUUUGAAUGCUCUGAGUGUGGGAGGAGAUUCAGUCAGAAUGGCAAUCUUCAAAAUCAUCUAAGAACCCACACAGGGGAGAAGCCUUUUGAAUGCUCUGAGUGUGGGAAAAGAUUCAGUCAGAGUAGCAAUCUUCAAAGUCAUCAAAGAAUCCACACAGGAGAGAAGCCUUUUGAAUGCUUCGAGUGUGGGAAGAGAUUCAAUCACAGUGGCAGUCUUCAACAGCAUCAAAGAAUUCAUAUACAAGAGAAACCUUUUGAAUGCUCAGAGUGUAGAAAGAGAUUCAGUUACAAUAGCAGUCUUCAACAGCAUCAAAGAACCCACAUAGGAGAGAAACCCUUUGAAUGCUCAGAGUGUGGGAAUAGAUUUAGUCAUAAUAGCAGUCUUCAAAAUCAUCUAAGAACUCACACAGGAGAGAAACCUUUUGAAUGCUCAGAGUGUGGGAAGAGAUUCAGGGAGAGUCGGAGACUUCAAAGUCACCUAAGAACCCACAGAGGGGAGAAGCCUUUUGAAUGCCCAGAGUGUGGGAAGAGAUUCAUUCAGAGUAGUGAUCUUCAAAGUCAUCUACGAACCCACACAGGGGAGAAGCCUUUUGAAUGUUCACAGUGUGGGAAGAGAUUCAGUCAGAGUAGCACUCUUCAACAGCAUCAAACAAUGCAUACAGGGGAGAAGCCUUUUAAAUGUUCAGAGUGUGGGAAGAGUUUCAGCCGCAGUGGCUAUCUUCAAAAGCAUCAAAGAACCCACACAGGGGAGAAGCCUUUUGAAUGCUCAAAGUGUGGGAAGAGAUUCAGUCAGAGUGGCAAUCUUCAGUGUCAUCUACGAACCCACACAGGGGAGAAGCCUUUUGAAUGCUCAGAGUGUGGGAAGAAAUUCAGCAAGAGUAACAAUCUUCAACAGCAUCAAAGAACCCACACAGGAGAGAAGCCUUUUGAAUGCUCAGAAUGUGGGAAGAGAUACAGUCACAAGACAGAACAUGUAGAGGAGACAGCUGGGGAAUUCCAGGAGUUCUCUUUGGAAGUAGUUAAGAAUGACGAUGCCAAAGAUAACUCUGGAGAUGGACCAGAGAGGCAGGAGGAAAGCCACACAGGAGAUGAUAAGAUGAUCCAGCAGGAGGAUGAGGAACUCCAUCAUUUAUCGCCACAUGAUAUAAAUAACAAAGAUGUGAGAAGAAACAUCAGGAUUCGAAGCAGGCCUCAGAGGCAGGAAUUCAGGCACAGGAUAAAGAAGAGGGAUAAAUCUGUUCCUUGCCAAGGGGGGGAUUUCCAAGACAUAAUUCACAGCUUGGAGGAAACUUACAAGUGCAUGGAGUGCGGAAUGAACUUCUCAGAUCAAACCCAAUGUAAUAUACAUUUUUCAAAGCACGGUAUAAUGAAGGCAUGUAAAUGCCUUCAGUGUGGAAAGUACUUCAGAUACAAAUCACAACUCCUUGUGCACCAAAGGAUCCACAAAGCAGAGAAACAUUUUGAAUGUUCAGAGUUUGGAAAGAAAUUGAGUCAUAGUUUGUUUCUUAAACAGCCUCAAAGAACCCACACAGGGGAGAAAAGUUUUACAUGCUCAAAGUGUGGGAAGAGAUUCAGUCGGAAUAGCAAUCUUCAAAGUCAUCUAAGAACCCACACAGGGGAGAAACCUUUUACAUGCUCAAAGUGUGGGAAGAGAUUCAGUCAGAAUAGCAAUCUUCAAAGUCAUCUAAGAACCCACACAGGGGAGAAGCCUUUUGAAUGCUCAGAAUGUGGGAAGAGAUUCCGUUGCAGUGGCAAUCUUCAAAGUCAUCAAAGAACCCAUGCUGGGGAGAAACCUUUUGAAUGCUCAGAGUGUGGGAAGAGAUUCAGUCAUAAUAGUCUUCGAAAUCAUCUAAAAACUCACACAGGAGAGAAGCCUUUUGAAUGCUCAGAGUGUGGGAAGAGAUUCAGUCGUAAUAGCAGUCUUCAAAGUCAUCAAAGAACUCAUACAGGAGAGAAACCUUUCGAAUGCUCCGGGUGUGGGAAGAGAUUUAGUCAUAAUAGCAGUCUUCAAAGUCAUCAAAGAACCCACACAGGGGAGAAACCUUUUGAAUGCACAGAGUGUGGGAAGAGAUUUAGUCAUAACAGCAGUCUUCAACUGCAUCAAAGAACCCACACAGGAGAGAAACCUUUUGAAUGUGCAGAGUGUGGGAAGAGAUUCAAUCAUAAUAGCACUCUUCAAAAUCAUCAAAGAACCCACACUGGGGAGAAACCUUUUGAAUGCGCAGAGUGUGGGAAGAGAUUCAUUCAGAAUGGCAGUCUUCAACUGCAUCAAAGAACCCACACAGGAGAGAAACCUUUUGAAUGCUCACAGUGUGGGAAGAGAUUCAUCCGGAGUGGCAGUCUUCAACUGCAUCAAAGAACCCACACAGGAGAGAAACCUUUUGAAUGCGCAGAGUGUGGGAAGAGAUUCAGUCGGAGUAGCAUUCUUCAAAAGCAUCAAAGAACCCACGCAGGGGAAAAGCUUUUUGAAUGCUCAGAGUGUGGGAAGAGAUUCAGUCAUAAUAGCAGUCUUCAACGUCAUCAAAAAACCCACACCGGGGAGGAACCUUUUGAAUGCUCAGAGUGUGGGAAGAGAUUCAGUGAAAAUGGUUCUCUUCAAGAGCAUCAAAAAACCCACAUGGGGGAGAAGCCUUUUGAAUGCUCAGAGUGUGGGAAGAGAUUCAGUCAGAAUAACAGUCUUCAAAGUCAUCUAAGAAUCCACACAGGAGAGAAGCCUUUUGAAUGCUCAGAUUGUGGGAAGAGAUUCAGUUGGAGUGGAAAUCUUCAACAGCCGGUCUUCAGUAACUGA